GUUGGGUGGACGGGUUGUAUUGAUCAGCUGCUCGCUGCAGAUAUCUGCACUUGUGCGAGAACAAUGUAGAAGAUCAGUUUUAGACACAGGAAAAACCAAAACAAACAAACGUCAACGCUGUCCAAGCAAGUCGACUGAUCUGGAUCAGAUUCGCCACCUGCCACCUGCCGUCAGGAAAACAGACGCAGACUGAUACAUCCGUUCCAAAAAAAACAACAACGUCGUAUCAUUUCAUCUGGUUCUGAUCCGUAUAUUUUCCGCAUCUGGUCCGCUCCUGUCAUUCCAGCGAUGCGAAGGCGGAAUAACUCCCCCACCGAAGAGCACGAGAGCUCCGCUUCGGACACGCUGCAGAGCCGGGGGACGGAGCUGAAAGACAAGGGAGACGGUCACACCGAGACCCAGGAGAAAGCUAUGGGGCGAAAAUACAGGAGGAAUGGUUUAUUGGGGAGAUUGAGGAGGAUCUUCUUUUGGGUUUUGGGGAUCUACAUUGCUAUUCCAUUCAUCAUCAAGAUCUGUCCUUCUAUCCAGGCCAAGCUGGUCUUUUUAAACUUUGUGAGGGUGCCAUAUUUUAUCGACCUAAAGAAGCCGCUCGAUCAAGGCCUGAACCACACAAACAAUUUCUACCUUCAGCCAGAGGAGGGCGCUCAAAUCGGAGUGUGGCACACAGUACCAGCUGUGCUAUGGAAGGAGGCACAGGAAAAAGAUGGAAACUGGUACGAAAACAAGCUCCACUCCUCUCAUCCAGUCAUGUUCUAUCUACAUGGCAAUGCAGGAACCAGGGGAGGAGACCACAGAGUGCAGCUCUAUAAGGUCCUUAGUUCAUUAGGCUACCAUGUAGUCACAUUUGAUUAUAGAGGUUGGGGGGAUUCAGAAGGCAGCCCAUCUGAGAGAGGGAUGACACAGGACGCUCUCUUCCUCUACCAGUGGCUGAAACAGAGGAUCGGCAACAAGCCACUCUAUAUCUGGGGCCACUCUCUGGGAACCGGAGUGGCCACAAACUUAGCCAGGCGUCUUUGUGACAGAGGAACACCACCUGACGCUGUUAUCCUAGAGUCUCCUUUUACCAACAUCAGAGAGGAGGCCAAGAGCCACCCUUUCUCCAUGGUUUACAGGUAUCUGCCAGGCUUCGACUGGUUCUUUUUGGACUCCAUCACUGCCAAUGACAUCCGAUUUCCCAGUGAUGAAAAUGUGAAUCACAUUUCAUGUCCAGUCCUGAUUCUCCAUGCAGAAGACGAUCCUGUCGUCCCUUUUCACUUGGGUAAAAAGCUCUACAAUAUCGCAGCUCAGUCUAAGAGUCUGAACGGACACAAGGUGCAGUUUAUUCCAUUUCCCAGCACUCAGGGCUACAGGCACAAAUUCAUCUACCGCAGUCCCCAGCUGCCUCACAUACUCAGUGAUUUUCUUAGCAUGACUCAUCCCCACGUAUAGCUGCACACUCGACCAGAUUGCCCCCACCACCACCGCCCCACACAGAUGUACACCUGUACAUUCCAUACAUCAGUAAAUCACGUGACGAGCAGAGAACAGCCAGCAGGCUGAGGAAAGAAAUGGGGGAACGGCAGCUUGAGCACAACAUAUGCAAAGAAAUAUGCAAAACCUGCACUGAACAGUAUCUGGAUGUUUGUUAGUGACGCACAGUAAAAGUGGCGUACGAGUGUAAGAUGUAGAACUUAUUGGACCGUGUCUUGAUUAGCCGUCAGUUCAAGCUGGGGUUUUGCAUAACUCCAAAAAAGAAAAAAAAAAGGCAGAUUUAUGCAAUAAAAAAAAAAUGAGAGAGAAACUAAUUUAGAAAAAUCAGCCUUUUUUUUUUAGCUUGCUAGUGAUGACAAUCUGUUACAUUUGUGUUUAGUUCGUAAAUAACUGCGUACACAACCUUCUAAUCUCCUCCCAUUCACCAUGAUUUCAGAUUUUACAAGUCUGAUAUGUUUUAUAUCAUUUAAUUAUAACACACAUUUAAUAUUAUAACACAUUCCAGACCGUUUGAACUUUUUUUUCUUUUUUAAUUUCGAACACUUUCAAAUCGAUAAUUUGUCUGAUAUCAUUCAAAUUCUCUCAUCCAAUAAAAUAACUGCUUCUAGAGAUUUACAGGAACGAAUGUCGAAAAAUUCGCAAAUAUAAAAAUAAUAUGAAUAUUUACCAAAAAUAUAAAUAUACAGUAUGUGUGUAUAAAUCUUUCGGGUGAAUUAUCGAGGGUUAUUUAAUCACGUGUCCCAGGAUUCGCUACAAAUAUUAAACUGGUGUGAAACGGUAUUAUUGAGAAAUCCAUGGUUUUUAAACGAGCAUUGUAGAACUGAGUUGCACCAUACGUAAAUAAGUACAAUUAAAACAGUCCCUAGAAGGCAAUCAGAUGGUUUUUUUUGUUUCUGUUACGACAAAAUGAUGCAUUUCAUCAGCUAGCUAUAAGCUACAACUACUGCAGAAAGCAAUUCGCACGUUUCGUUGAAGCCAUCAACCUUCUCAUGGGCUGUGGAGCAAUAAUGUACUGUACUGCUUCAUCGGGACUUUCAACAAGUUCCCAUUAUGAGCCAUAGGUCAAUGUGUUCUGAAUGUAGGAUUGUACUGUGUGUGUGUGCAAAUUGUAAAAGCAUUGAGAAACCAGAUUAUAUCUAAAAAACCUUGAAUCGGAGAGAGAAGAAUUUCCAUUGCGUGAUAAUUUUGGUCCAUAUCUCUAUUUUUUGGGGGUCGACUCGAUUACAAUGAGAAAAGGACGGUUUUACAAAAGUACAUAACGUGAUCAUGUGCUCGUAACCUAGGUUUUUAAAUUCUAGUUUCUUUAUUGAGAUCACCUGCUAUGCAUUUCAACUUUUCUCCAUAAAAUGAGGUUGAAAGACUUGAACUUGAGCAUGUCUGUAUGAAGUAGAUGUAUGAAGGGAAGUGUUUAUGCACAUGCAUGUUAGCUUUACUGGCCUCCGAGUCUUUUUUAUUUUUUAUUCCCCCCCCAAUUAAAGAACGUGCUCUAGAUUAGGGUCCAUGUCCUUUACAUAUUAUAUACGCAAAUCGGAAAAGUUAGACGUCCUAUUAUUAUUAUUAUUAUUAUUAUUAUUAUUAUUAUUAUUAUUGCCAAUUCUGAAAGUAGCUCAUGGCUUGAGGAUUAAUGACUAAAGUCUAAACUAAAAAAAAUAAAAAAAUUAUGCUCACUUUAUGUAUCAAAAACCAUCAUAUUAGAUGUUAAAUUAAUUUGAUGGAUUCUUUCUUUUUGGAAACAUUCCUCAGUCUCUGAUUAUGUUGUGAGACUCCACUGUUUCUCAAUUCUUUUUCUUCCUAUAAAUGAGUGACCAAAAUGUUCAACAAAUCAAAUGAACCCCUCUUUUUUUUUUUCCUCUCCACAUGAUAAGGCAUCCGACGCAUGUUCAGAUCUUAAAUCCCGAUUAGUUAAUUCCAGAGCCGAAUCAAUUUUUUCUACAUCAAUUCUUUCUGUAAUGUGUACUAAUGUAGAGAAAAGACUGAGCUCUCGGCUCAAAUUCCUUUCAGCUGCCUUCGUCGAAGACCAAACACACCAUAUUUUCAGUCUGUUUUAAAUACUUUUAUGAAAUCUCUUGUUAUUUAAAGAUUUACUACCUUUUUCUUUUGGCAAAAUAUCACGUGGUUUACAGUUUUCUUUUGGGUUUUUUUAGCUGCUGUACCUUACUGUACUACUGGAAAACAACAAGAUGAUGUAUUAUCUGUUUGUACAUAAUAAAGGUUUGAACUCACAA